AUGAAGGACAUAUCGUUCCGAAAUCCUCACCUUCCCUUUACGGAAGGGGGGAUUCCAACAAACCGGAAAGCACCUCACAGCUCCCCGACGCUUACACGGAAGACGGACAGCGCAAACCCGGGAGCCCUGAAAUGGGCACCACCGCAGGGUCUUAUCAAAAAACCUACCCAUAAAGCCCCAGACCCCUCCGCGGGCCGGCCCGAAACAAGAAGGGACGGGUUGGGGCAAGACUCUGCCGGGCCGAAUCAGUGUCCCUGGGCCCCCCCACGCCCACCUCAGACCCCUGGAUCCCGCUUGAGUGAAGAGAGUCGAGCACGUUUGGGGGCGUCCGUCUUCUCUUGGCAAGUCAACGAGACAUUGAUCUAUAUCCCAAUCGGCACAUACGACAAAGAGGGCCACUCGCUUCAACACUCUAGCCAGACACUUGUCUUGGAAACACCGCAAAUCAAAAACCCCGUACCUGCGCCGUGGCACACCUUUGGUCGGGUGGCUGUUGUCUCGUUCAGGAGAAUCGAAAAAUUCGGUCAAACAAUCAGGCGUCUCAUCUCACCGCGCCACAACCCUCUCGAGAACCCGUCGGUGAGAGACCGGUCAACGUUUGCGCACCGACAGAAAUUUUUCCUGGCGUUCAGACAUGCAGGCGUUGAAACAUGUUGCGCUGUCAAAAUUGGUGUCAUUCGCGCUCCCGGGCCUGCAGAACCUACCGGCGGCGUGCGUAAGAAGGCUUGCCGUGAGGUGCCACGACAAGACGCGGCUCGGAGGCGGCGAUGGCGGCGACAGGAGAGUCCUCAAAGCACACCGGCGAUAUGGGCUGGUCUUUGCUCCUCAUAUCGCAACAACAAGCAUGGCGCGCCUGACGACGCUCGCAUCAGAGUCGUCGUGCGAGAACCGAGAAUAAUUGAGGCCGUUGGGAGAAAAGAGCUGAAGAUUUCACAUCGAGUGAAUCAGGAUGCCAUCGGUACGAGUCACUGGCACCAUCUGGACGGGGCGCUACAGCUGCUUUCCGGAAAGGCUGACGGUGUCCUGCAGCGAGGCGUCCGAGGCAACUCGAUGAUGCAGACCAACCAUGCCGCCAUCAUCCAUGUAGCGUGCCGUUGCAAGGUUGAGGUUGGAGGGCACCCAUUGAAGAUGGAUUGCUUCAGGUGUUCCCCAAGCAGACCGGUAGCUGAUCUUGCGGUGGCGGGCUGGCUGGCUGUGACCCAUGGCCGGACUGGCGAUCUCUCCGAGAAUCUGUCACGAACAAAACCAGGUUGGUUUCUGCAAGAUGCUUCGUCAGGGACAAGAUCAUCGACGUGUCGUACGAUGCGAGCCAAUGCCGGGUCUCAUGAUGAGCCAUUGGAGGUCGCUGCAUUGCUACAAUGUCGAGUUGGUGUGUACAUCCUCAACAUCUUGGCCGCCAUCAGUUAUGCCCAUGCAAAUUUGACCGAAGCGGGAUUUAGGACGGGCGUCUGGUUGGCGAUCUUGCCGAGCAAAGACACUGCCCGGCAAAUGCUGCAGACGACUUGCUCUUCUUCUGUAAAGACCAAAGGUUAUCAAAGUGACCGUCGCAUCGCAGGGCCCACUCAGCAAUACGUCCUGCCUCGUGCACAAUUACAGAAGAGUUACAUUUGA